AGGGAGGUGGCGGCGCUUUGUUGCCAGCCCGCGGCCGAGGGGUGGGCUCGUCCCCGGGAACGCCGCCCUGGUUGUGGGGCCGGCACGGCGGGUUUCCUUCCUUCCCUCCUCCCUCCCUCCCUCCCUGCUUUCCUCCCUCCCUCAGAUGUUCCUGAACCCGCAUGUCCGCCCUGGGUGGAGCGUCCUUCUUUGUCGAGCGAGGAGCUGUUCUCCCGGCUGGCUCCGGCACAAGAGGAGCGAGCGAGGAAAUACAAAAGGAUUUUUGGCUUCUUGAAGAAACAGUAGAAAAUGCAAAACGAAAUAAUAAAGCCUGCUAAAUACUUCUCAGAAGUGGAGAAGAGUGUGCUGCUUGCAUUGGUUGAAAAGUACAAAUAUGUACUUGAGUGUAAAAAAAGUGAUGCAAGAACUAUUGCCCUGAAACAACGCACCUGGCAAGCUCUCGCUCAUGAAUAUAAUUCGCAGCCCAGUGUAUCACUGCGAGACUUCAAACAGUUAAAGAAAUGCUGGGAGAAUAUCAAGGCACGGACAAAAAAGAUAAUGGCACAUGAAAGACGGGAGAAGGUAAAAAGAAGUAUUAGCCCACUUAUAAAUACUCACAUCAUAGGGAAGGAGAAGAUUGCCAGCAUAAUGCCUGAGCAAAUGUACUUUUUGCAGAGCCCACCAGAAGAAGAUUCGGAAUAUCACCCUGAUGCUUCUGGUCAAGAGUCAUUUGUCAUCUCAAGUAGAGAACUUUGUGAGGAAGAGAAAGAGCUGGUACAUUUCCCAGUGUGUGAAGGUACCUCCCAACCUGAGCCUUCGUGUUCUGAUAUCAGAAUAGCAGCGGAUAAGAACUACAGAAGUAAAGCAUCUCAGGAAAGUGCCCUGAAAAAGAUGCACGAGGAGGAACAUCAUCAGCAAAUGUCAAUUUUGCAACUGCAGUUAAUCCAAAUGAAUGAAGUUCACGUGGCAAAAAUACAGCAAAUAGAAAGAGAGUGUGAGAUGGCUGAAGAGGAACACAGGAUAAAAAUGGAAGUGCUAAAUAAAAAGAAAAUGUAUUGGGAGAGAAAACUGCAGACCAUCACAAAAGAAUGGCCUGUAUCUUCCUUUAACAGACCCUUUCCUAAUUCACCAUAGAUCAUAAAGUGGCAGAGUCAGUCUGACUGAGCACAUUUAUAAGUAAUGCGCACUGGAAAGAGGGUGUUUUAAUGUGAAUGUACAGUGACAGGAUAGGUGCCCAGCUGAUAGGGAACACACUUUGAUGCUUAACAUUUAGGGAAACACUGGUAGAGUCUGCCAAGGGCAGAACGGUACUGUUCAUUUGUAGGUAAUCCUGACUUUUGUAACUUUCAGACAUACGCAGUGUUUUAAAAUGUGAACAUAAUUUCUCCCCUCAGAAUACCCUAAUAUCCUUUGAAAUUUAAGGUAUUCCGGGUCUUCUUUCACUGGGUAUUCUUGAAAAAAUAUAACAGCUUUAAACAUCAGGUUAUAGUGUUUAUUUUGGUUUCUAGCUCUUCAUAUCUACCAUUUCCUAAAUAAAAGCAAGGGUUGCUCUCUGCUAUUGAGAGAAAAAGCGGCUGACAGAUGUCAUGCUGAGGCACAGAAGAACAAAACAAAACUUUUAGCCUCUGGUUAAUAUAGUCUGUAACCUAGUCUUCAUAGAAGAUGUGAAAGUGAGGGAAGUAGCAAAAGCAGCACUGUAGUAAUUGAGCACUUUGCUUGUGAUGAACAGCAGUAAUAUUUUCCAUCUGCAUGGCUGAUUGAGAGAAUGGCUGUGGAGUGGCCCUCGUGAUCUUUGAGCCUUGACCCUUAUGAAGUUGUAAAGAAGGUGACUCCUUCCUCAGAAGCCCUGUGCUUGUCCUCUCUUUUCCAGGCCUGUCUUUUAUUCAAGUAGAAUACCAAAAUAGGAGGGGCCCAUGCUGCUGCCAGUGCUGUGUGCUGUGCACAUGGAAUCGUUCUGAGGGGAAAAGCUUUUUAACAGUUCCUAAAGCUCUUAAAAUGUAGCAAGUCAUCUAGUCCAUUGGCAAAGUUUCCCUCUGUCUCCCCAUGCAAUACUUAGCAGCUAACUGGAGUAUUUCAGCCUUGCUAGAAAAAAGGCUAAGAAUUGCCUUCUUUUCCUUAGCUUUGGGUGGUAACCUAGGGGAUCAUUCCUGUCUUGGAGUUCUGUUUUAUUCUGUCCUGUGUGUUAAGAUGAUGUAUUUCUUUGCUUUGCUGUCAGUGAGAGGUGACAGACAUGAUUUGUAUGAAAGCAUUCCCAUGAAGGCCCCCACAGAGUUUGGGGGCCCAGAAUAGUCGAAGGUGGGAAAGCACAAAUAAAGAUAAUCCUUCCUCAGGCAAUCAUUUGUUCUAGUGGGGCAAGGGUUAAGAAAAUAUGAAAUACAGAACUCCAUAAAGAUUCAUAAGAUCUUCUGAUGUGUGAAAAGCUGUUUUGUAGGAAGCUGUACAGCCAACAUUUGAAGCAGUGAGAAAAAUGAAGAAAAGCAUAUAUUUUCAAUGAAAAUGCCAAGUAUCCCAUUAUUCAAUAACGUAUUUUUAGGUCAUGAUUAAUAAGGUCACAUCUAGACAGAGAGCAACAUAUUUAAAUUAGGGUAUGGCACAAAACACUCUGUUCUUCCCAGUUACACUCCUAUUUCUUCCCUGAAUAUUCUUUCUGGUGCAAUUUGUUUCAGAUUCGGUUCUUGGCAGUUGGUUUCUUCCUAGUUUUUCUUUAUUAUUAUUAUUUUCCCUUUGAACUCCUUUCCCUGCUGGUGAUUCAUCUUUGCAAGCACUGCCAUUAUCAACCACAAUACUCACAGUGGUUAACGCUGUGGUACAUGCACUGCUCCCUUCGAUGUGCUAACACCAGUAAACGCAAUGGGAGUGAUUUAUCGCAACUUAUUUUAUAUUACAGAGGGGAAAAAAAAAGGCAAUUUCUGCAGAGCUGCUGCAAGAUCAUAGAACAGGUCAUGUAUGAAAUCUGAAGACUGAUCUUUUUGACAGGAGACUCAGUUUUCUUAUAAAUUGGCUGUAUGAAGGAAGCGGAGGAUCUCCAAAGGAAGGUAUAAUUAUGAACACUUUUUUUUUUUUUUUUUUUUUUUCCUGCUGAAUGGAAACACUAUUGGAAGGUAGGACAAUGAUGCACAAUAAUGGUAGAGGCAAAAGAAAGGAGGUGACAGGAGUGAGGACCUUUUUGUUCUGAGGUUGCAUUCUGUGUUCUGGAAGGUGAGUCAGUUAUUUGAGUGGUUAUGACAAUUGUUUAGGCACCAUCCAGAAAAGAGAUACAAAAGAUAUUUCUCUUAGCCAGUGAUAGGAUUCUUUCGACACUGCUCCAAAGUGAAAAUAAUUUGAAACUCAGUCGUUAAAACUAAGUGUACUAAGGUGCCAAAAGGUGACCCAUGGAGACAAUGUCAGCACUGUGAAGAGAGCAAGAAUGGAGGGACAAUCCAGGCCUAGAUAGCCUUGUGGUAAGCUAUGAGUAAUCCAGGGAAAAUCAAUGAUGCUUGAGAUAAGGGUGGCUUUGACUCCUGAAAGCUAUAACAUUGCUCAUGAAAGAUUGUUUUAUUUUUGUAUUAAAAAAAAAAAAAGUCAUUUAAAGUAUGCAUGUUUUUAGACUGUACUAAGUGGGCAACGUCUUUAUUUUGGUAUGCAUACUUAUUCUGAACCCAAAAAUUACAGUUCUUAAGCCAAACAAUAGAACCUUUUAAUUCAGCUUCUACUUCAAAGAAAGAAAAUCACAGGAGAAAAAUUAAAAAGAACCAAGAUGAAGAUACGAAAGAAAGAAUGAUCAGUAUGAACAGAGGACAAAUGGGCAGGUCACACCUAACACAAAUGAUCCAACAUGCUGUUGUGGUGGGCUUAUGAAGACCCAGGUUUUUGCUUUCCCAUCUGUGGUUGACUGUUGGCUGCUGUGAGGUUGGUUGAUAGAAAAAUGUCAAAGAUCAACAUGAUGAAGUAAUGUGUCUCCUUGCCAGGCUUUCACUUCUCCACCUAAUGGCUUUAUAAAGUGAUUGCUGUGAUGGAGUUUAAAUGACAUGAGAAAUGA